CACACUGACACACACCAGCAAACUCACACCAAACUCGUCUAUAAUGUCUGGCUGAAAAUAUGACACACAACAGGCAACUAAUGAAGCUGUGAUUGGUAGUUCCCUUCACUGAGCUGCUUUUUCUUCUGUGUGUUUUUAAAAGUCAAAGCCCGAUCCUCCCUCAUCCAAUCGAUACCAUCCAACUAAAUAUGUUUGAAUGUAUUAAUCCUGGUUCACACAUAAUUCUCUGAUGAAUGAUUGAACAUUUUGAGAAACUUGCAGUUUUUGCAUAAUCCUCCUUGUUAUUAGGCUUUUGCUCCCAUGAUAUAAACAGUUAACAGGGUGUGUAGCCUGCUCUUUUUCACACUGCUGUUUGUGACCUUCAUGGUUGUACUGGUUUGUCAUUAAUAUUCCGGGGGAAGAUUUUCCUUCCCUUUUGUUGGAUGUCCACUCUGUGCACCGUUUUGUUAAUUCCUCUGAGGAAAUUUUACUUUUUUGUUCUCUAAAACAAUAGAAGGCUUCUACUUUUGACAGGUUUCCCGUCUUUUAAGUUGAUUUUAAAGGAAAAUGCAUUUGAAAGAUCCCGAAAACUUUACCAACAUCCUUUUGACGCCCACUGCACCCCUCGUUCUCUUCUUUCUGGAUUUACUGCCCAUGUCUUCCUCUCUGUUACUCAUCUGAACCAGUAACCGUUGUACUUGUGGGCCUCCAGGGCAACACUGAGUUUAUUCCCUAUUUAUAUCAUCCCUGCUAUCGAUCUGCCUGCAUAACUCCGUUAAUCCUCACGGUGGCACUCUUCACUGACCGAUCCAACACACAGACACAGAUUGAGUUUGUGUAAUCCCUUUCAUUUCUCAUGAAGCCAGCACUCACCUUCCCCAGGGGCGUGUCUGAUAGGACAGAGCGUGGCCAUGGAGGCACGGUGCAGUGGAGGAGGAUGACGAAGAGGGAAAGUUUAUCGGAAAGUUUGUGAAUUUGACAUGAAGCCACCAGCAUCCUCAGCGUGGGUUGUUUGGUGUGAUGAGACCCCCCCCCCCCAGCCUCGUCCUCGUCCUCGUCCGGUCAAUCCACCGGUGAGUGAGGUGAGGAGAAAAGGAAAGGGGAUUGAGUUCCUGCCGACUGGAAGAUGAUCCAUCAAGUAUUUGAGGAGCAGCAGAGGCAGGAUCUCUGUCAGUGGCUCUCCAAGUGUGUGUGUGUGUGUGUGUGUGUGUGUGUCUGUGCAGAACGUUGUCUCAGAUUAUCAUAACUAAUUGAAAUCGUCGAGUCAAAUUAAUUUAGAAUUAACAAGAAUAAAUAUUUAUGAAGCUGGAUUAGAAUGGGGACUUGAAUGAGUGCCCUUGUCUUCUGUUUGGUGACACACACACACACACUAUGUACUGGGCCAUGAAUACGUCUGUGCAUAUGUUGCACUGUUUCUAAUACAAAAGAAAUCUCACGUGUGGAGGUAUAGUAUAAAAAUAGAGACAUUAAUGUUAAUGUUGAAGGAUUAGCUUGAAAGUGAAAGUCAUUUUCAGACACAGUUUUUGUCUCUCACUCUCUGUCACACACACACACACACACAGCCACACACACAGACACACACACAGACACACAAAUGCACACGUACACUUGCACAUUUCAACUCUAGCCCAACAGACUGGCUCCAGAUCGAGUGAGUCACUUAUUCGUUGUCAUGAAUAAAUCACACAGACUGCUACUCUCUUCUACUCUGCAGCAUUUCCUUUUCACACCCGCAAGUACAAACACGCACACACGCGCACACACACACACACACACACACACACAUCAUUGUACAAAUACACACAAGGCUGUAAAGUUGCAUUCUUUGCCCGACACAGACCGGUUUCACUUGUGUUGCACUUCCUGGGUUUAGCAUUUGUUGGUCACAGAGUUUACAACAUGUAACAAAGCAGAGCCCUUUUGAAAUCAAACUCUUACCUUUUCUUUUUUUUAAAGCUUUAAUAAGUUUGGGCCUUUAACGUGCACCUCUGCAGACAACAGAGGGUUUCAGUCCUCCCAGACCUAAGUCCCUGGAGACCUGCUUCACUUCCUGCAGUCUCACCUGAACCACAGGGGACACAGCUGUUGUCCCCAACUGUUCAAAUCAUCCCCAAUUAACUCAUCUUCAGUCAGGAAUUUGUCCCCAAAGGUAAACUAGACAGAGAGUGAAGUUAUUACACGCACACACACACACUCACAGGCAUUCAUACUCCACUAACACAACCUCAGUCCUUCAGCACUGGCUCGAUGUGAAUGCAGCAGCCUCUGUCACGGUAAUUAGUUUCCCCGGUUGUCAACAGUCAUUAUCUGCUCUGGAGGAAUUAAUGGUGAGAAAGGAAUUUCACCCAGAACACCAGGGAAUCACCUUGCAUGGGCGUUAGAAGCAAGUUUGACCAAGAUACAGUCAGAGAUGACAACCUGUUGCCUGUGAUUGGCCAAGUUGUGUGUCACCUCAGCUGCUGUCAGACACACACUGAAGUCCAGAGAUUAUCCAGAGGAUCGAGGUGCAUUAGUGAACACAAUUGUGUGAGUGAGAGCCUCCAGAUUAUCAGCCUGGCUCCUAUAGCGUAAAGUCUGCAUUAAAUCCAUAUAAUCCAGUGUGAGAACACAGCGGGGGGCAGAUUCGAUUUUGGUGGUCAAAGGUCAAAGUUCAAAGGUCAUGGCUACAAUCUUGGUUGUCGAACAAAACAUGUUGUUGGUCUCUCGUAUGUGACAUCUCAGGUCUGACCUUAGAGAAUCUCAUCUUUUUAAUUCUUGGGAUUCUGAUAUCUUAGUUGAAUUGUAAUACAAGAACUGAUUAUUUGUGACCCAUCUAAAAUCUUCAGCCAGUUAAGAAAAGACCACAAUCCCUUACCCUCUCUCUCUCUCUCUCUCUCUCUCUCUCUCUCUCUAUCAUCCCCAAGAAGACAUUUGUCACUUUCCAUUUUUUAAAGCCUCCCCCCUCUCCCUCCCCCUCCUCUCAGCAGUAAAACGGAGUUCAUGUCUCUCUGCGUCUCCCUGAGUCAAACUGAUGGCUACACCCAGAGACCCAGACGCACACACAAGACAAAGUGACUGCUCCUUUUAUGCCACUUUGUUUAUGUUCUACUUCCUCAUCUCAGACAGGGAGGCUCUCGCUUUCUCGUCUGCACUUUAUUCCGUCUCACUCUCUUUUUCCUCCGUCUUUCUGCUCCAUCUCUUUUUCUCACAUAUCCCCAUUUCACGUGUCGCCCCCUCCCCCCCCCCACACACACACACACACUUUGUUACCCUCAUUCCUGCCUCCUCUUGGUCGUUCCCACCUCGCAGAUCCCAGUCCCUCCAGCAGGUGCUUCUCUCUUACUGUGGCCAAAAAGCAGGAGAAUUUCCCACAGGGCGAGGCAACAUGAGUUUCCUUCUACAGUGUUGGAAAUGGACUUGUAUCUGAGCCAUUGAUUUUCCCUCAGCAUUAUGGGAAGAAGGAGAUGGCUCUGAGGUGGAGGCUAAGAGCCGCGCGGUCGAUACACAUUCUCAUCACGACACCGGAUGUUGCUCCGAUGUCGGAUUGGUUUUUCGGGCAGUAAUUGUCAAUCGGGUGGCUCUAUUAACUGAGCUGCAUCCAGCAACGAGGGAGGGACGACAGGGAUUAUUUGAUUUGCAUUCAGGAUUUACUGUAUGUUUUGAAUCAGGCAGUUUUACGGGACAUCUCGGCAGGAUAUCACCUUUAGUGGUCAGAACAGUGCGAGUGGCAGUCAGAAAGAAAAUCCAGUAAUGUGAUUGUAUUUAUACAAAUUGCUUCAUUAUAAACAGACUAUUCAUGGCUUCUUCUUGCAUAUCAGAAAAAAAUAUUUCUGCACCGUUUAAUACAGCAUUUGCAUACACAGCCAUGCAACAGGAGAUGCAGUUAAUGAUUCUUGUAUUUGAUAUCUAUUUGCUGUUUGUGUUCAAACAAAUAUGUUAAUUUAUAAACCUCAAAUGUUUUUUUUUUAAAUCUUGUAAUAUUUCAGCCAAGUUAUCUGUUUGCUAUUUUCCAGUCUUCUAGUUUCAUAUAUAACAUUUAGACUUCAAAUUUCACAAGAGUUAGACAACAUUUAAGUGUGUGUGUGUGUGUGUGUGUGUGUGUGUGUGUGUGUGUGUGUGUGUAUGUGUGUGUGUGUGUAUUCACUGUAUUUACAGUAACCCUAGAUCUUGCCAACUAUCGUACAAGGCGCCAGGAAGUAUGUAGCAAGGAACUGCAAAGAGGGGAGUCUCACACACACAUACACAAACACACUCACUCUCUCUCCACACACACACACACACACACACACACACACACACACACAAACACACACACACACACACUCUCCCCCCCCCACACACACACACCUCUGUACCAAGUUCAUUUCCAUCUCAGACAGAGCAGGUUUUUCUCCACCUAUCACAGCAGCUACCAUCGGCUCAUCUCACAAAACCAAUAAUAAGCCCCAGAAAAAGAAGGCAUUUCAAACUGAAUGGACAGAUAAGACUUUUGGACGUGCUCCUCGGACACUGAGCUCGGCCCAUUUGUCUGCCGGGGUUGAUCCGGCUCGAGAUUUAUCGACCGCAGACUAAGCUGAACAGAAAAAUACAGGCAAAAUCAGAUUAAAGUGGAUAUUUGCUCCAGAGCGAUGCCAGAAAUGAGAAGAGGGAUGUUCUCGGUGCUUCUCCUGGUUGUUGGUUUGACCUCACGCUGUGGUCUUGUCUGCCGGGGUGAAGCGUUGCCUCCGAAUGAAGGAGUCGGCUCGGAACAGGUGGAAGCGUCCAGGCCUCCUCACCUUAUCUUCAUCAUGGUGGACGACCAGGGUUACGCAGACAUCGGCUACCACGGAUCAGACAUUCACACGCCUGUGCUGGACCAGCUGGCUGCAGACGGGGUCAAACUGGAAAAUUAUUACGUCCAGCCGAUCUGCUCGCCCUCUCGCAGUCAACUAAUGACGGGACGCUACCAGAUUCACACCGGACUCCAGCAUUCAAUCAUCCGCCCACGUCAGCCCCUCUGCCUGCCCCCGGACACUCCCACCCUCCCGGAGCGUCUGGUCGAGGCCGGGUACUCCACGCACAUGGUGGGUAAAUGGCACCUGGGCUUCUGCAGGUCAGGCUGCCUGCCCACGGGACGCGGGUUCCAGAGCUUCCUGGGCACGCUGACCGGCAGCGGAGACCACUUCUCUUAUCGGAGCUGUGAUGGGGCGGAGGCUUGUGGGUUUGACCUCCACGACGGAGAGCGGCCCGCCUGGGAGAUGACGGGCAACUACUCCACUCUGCUUUACACAGAGAGAGUGAAGCAGAUACUGAGGAGCCACGACCCGCAUAAACCCCUCUUCCUCUAUCUGUCCCUCCAGGCCGCCCACACACCCUUACAGGCACCAGAUCAGUUUCUGCAUCAGUAUGAUUCCCAGAGCAAUCGGCUCCGGCGACACUACGCAGCCAUGCUGAGCUGUCUGGAUGACGGGGUAGGACAAGUGGUUCAGCAACUGAAGACCAGUGGCUUCUAUGAAAACUCAGUACUUAUCUAUUCCUCUGAUAAUGGAGGGCAACCGCUCUCUGGAGCGAGCAACUGGCCGCUGAGAGGAGGCAAAGGGACUUACUGGGAAGGCGGCAUCAGGGCCGUGGGCUUCGUCCAUAGUCCCCUCCUGAAGAGGAAGGGUGUGGUGAGCGGAGCGCUGAUGCACGUCUCUGACUGGUAUCCCACAUUACUGGGGCUGGCAGGGGCCCAGCACUCCCACCUUGACCUCGACGGUCACGACGUGUGGGGCAGUAUCAGCGAGGGCCUUCCCUCUCCUCGCACUGAAAUUCUCUUCAACAUUGACCCGGUCUCCAGGAAGCCCGGAGAGCCAUAUGACAAGGCACUGGUACUCAACGGGUUUGGUAUCUGGGACACGGCCGUGAGGGCUGCGAUAAGGGCUGGGGACUGGAAGCUAUUGACAGGAAAUGUGGGUGACGGGGACUGGAUACCACCACAGGCCCUCCCCGUCGGUCCAGAGCGGUGGCAGAGGCUGGAGAAGCGGCGUAACAAGCUGGGGAAGUCAGUGUGGCUGUUCAACGUCUCCUCUGACCCCUACGAGAGGACGGACCUGGCAGAGGCUCGUCCAGAGGUGGUUAGACAUCUGAUGACCAGGUUGGCCGAGUACAACCAGACAGCUGUGACGGCCAUGAAUCCACCGGACGAUCCUAUGGCGGACCCUGAGCUCCAUGGAGGGGUAUGGGGCCCCUGGCUGGGCCUGGAGGGAGAGCGAGGGGACAGCGAGGAGGAGGACGGCAGGAAAGAAAAGAUGAUGAAGAUCAAACACUGCAAGUUAUGCAAGUUAAAAGCCCUCUUCAAAAAGGUGGGAUCACGUCUACACAGGAACACCCUGUUCUAAAUGUGUCAUUAACCGGACUGAGAGGUGGUGACGAGGCUGUAUCAAGUGUUAAGACCUGUUAUGAACGACUGUACUCACAGAGGUGGAGGGGUGAGAUGCAAUGUAUCAUUUCAAAUUGCUUUGCAUAUUAAAAGUGACAGCAGUAGUUUGGAAAAUACCGUCCUACCUCCUGAAUAUAAACUCACCUCUGGACUCAAAGCCGCGAAUGAAGUUCUUGUCGUAUUUUGAUAUUUGUGGGUCGGGGGUUUCAGACACGAGAGUGAAAGUAAAAAAACGAGAUGGAGUCAAGCUCAAAUACCGAGGAGCAGACGACUAGGCAGGUCAGACAGACAUGAGCGACUCGUGAUCAGAAGCUGAAGGUCGGCAGAUAACCAGGCGAGCUGAUAGGCAGAGCAUUCAGAGGAGAGCGGCUGGCUGAGCAAGCUGACUCACUCACUGUCCUGCGGCCAAACAGCAGCAGGGUGACUUUGGGCUGUCACUGGCCUGCAUAGGGUGCUGUGUGUGUGUGUGUGUGUCUGUUUGUGUGUGUGUGUCAUUGUCCAUGUAUGUCUGCGUUCAUGAAUAGUUUGAUUAAUACAAAUACAGAUAGAAUCCGUGCGAGUGGAGAUGAGGCCCGGAGAGAUGGUGAGGGGGAGUUGAAGGAAGGAGGACGACCUCGCUGUCUCUCCUGUCGCGAUCAGCCAGGAGGACCCUGAUGACACAGAGACACCCAGGGCGGUUGUUUUUGUCUAAUGUCACCUUGUACUUCUGUUCUCAGGGGUUACACACAUUCACUCCUCUGCCCACGACACACGAUGUCCAGUCCCUGCAGCAAACGCUCUGCAGCUGACACCAUCACUCUUCUAUGGCCUUUUUAAAACGAUAUUUAACUCAUAUUCUGUUUUUUAAAUCAUGAAAAUAAUCUUAACAAAAUAAGAAAUCUAAAAAAAAAAUGUUUUACAGUUCCACCAUUUUCUAUUUAUCAUUUUCAAGAUGAAUCCCAGAUAUAUCUACUUAAUUUGUUAGUUUUAUGUGAUUAAUUCAGAUGAAUUAUUGGUGUAAUACUUAUUUCAGGUCGUCUGAACUUGCAAAAAUGGGGAAUUUGCAACUGGCAAUUUAUUAAUAUGGACAAAAUGUUUCUUUUCCCUAGAGGGAACUUCUGAGGAAAUGAUUCAGAGAUGACUGACCUUUAACAUACACUAUUCUAUCGAUAUAAAGAAUGUAAGAUACAAAAAGAUGUCCUGGAUGUGGUAACUGCCAUCUUGUGCUUUUAAUGGAAUUAGGAGCCAGAGUAUGACCUACAUUAAAGCCUGCAUCCAUCGUGAUAUACAGUCUGUGAUCUGCAAGCAUUAUGUAGAUGUGCAAAAAAGCCCAAACAUGUUUUGAGACAAGAUUGGAUUGGUUGACAGGAUGCACUCCUCCACCCUCCACCCUCCACCUCCUUCAGACACACUGCAUCCUGAACAAUGAACACAAGGCAAGGAAC